CCCACACUGGCUAGGUUAAGCAAGGAACAGCAGUCUAAAUAAAAUCCACUGUCCAACGGACCAGUUUAGAUUUCCGUACAGAGAUGCCAAUAGCAGAACUACUGGGAGUGCAGUUUGACAUGCAGCUGCUGGGCAAACUGACUCUGUCUGUGGCCGCAAUGCUAUUUGUCUCCUUUGUUUUCAAAUUUUACCAUACCAGGGCCCAAAACAGACGGCGGGGUAGUCCAAGUAGAAGGGGCAUACAAGCAUCCAGAGAAAGCCACAAUGCCUACAAGACUGAACAAGAAGCAAAGAGUAAAGCUGCCAAGGAGGAGUCUGAGAGGGAGAAUAAUUUUCAACAAUCUUCCGAGAAGCCUUUGCAAGAAACCUUUAAAACUGCCAAUCCUGCAAAUGAGAGAAGCCAGCAUAUUGAAACUAUGGACUUGGACAGUUGUACAAAGGAAGAAACUGCAGGGAAAAUCAACAUAAAAGAGGAUGUGGGCACUGAAGUGGAUAAUGAAAAGAAUUUGGGAAAUAAAACCAAACUGACGUUGACCUUACAACCCCCUGCCCCUGAUGUACCUGAAAAAGGUCAAGCCAGUUCAAGUGGACGACGAUCGCCAUGCCUGGUAAAGAAGCUGGAUGGUGGUAUAGGUGUUGGGAGGGAGCUAAGGCAGGACCUUGGUCAUCAAGGCAUGUUCUCCAGUUUUCAGUCAAAAGCAGAAAUCAAAGUAGAGAAUGCGGACCUCAUCUUGGAUGGCUCAGGAAAUUGCAGACCAGGAGUUCAUGGAAAGAUCUAUGAUUACUAUGUAGAGUCCUCCUCACAUUUCAUAUCAGAUUUAAGCCCUACUCGGUCUGUCAGUCCAGUCUAUGGUCAAACUGAAGGCAACAGUUUGUUUAAAUCCCAAUCUCUGGAAUUGUCUCAUUUUAAGGAAUGCUCACGGACACCAAGUCCACAAUCUUCCAGUUGUACUAUGAGAGAUCUUGAAAUGUAUUCACAAAUUAAUAACAAGCCUCAAGUUAGAUCCAGCAGACAAGUAAUCAUCCGCCAGGACAGCUAUCUAACUGCUGCAGACUCCGAGCUUCCGAUCCCCUUCCCCACACAGAGGACGUUAACACCUCGUAGCUGUUCUCCACAUCCCAGUGACAGACCGUCAACCUCGUUAGAUUCUGUUACAGCAAACAUGAAUGAACGUGAAGAACCACAGGUGGAAAAUGUUGCCGGGGCAAAAUUCUUACACUUGCCAGAGAACAUGGGUAAUGCAGAACUCGAGAGUCUAGCAGGAAAGCUUGAUCUAGGCAACUGCUUGGAGGCUUUAGCACUUGCUAAAAAACAUGGUCACACUUCCCUUCAGCAGGCUGCUCUCCGUGUCAUGUCUGAUAAUUACCUCCAGGUCCUGAGAGACCCAGCCCUUUUCGGCAGACUAAGAGCAGGGGAGCGUGAGCACAUCCAAACGCUGCGCACAAAAGGAAGGAAGUGGUUAAUGGUCGCGGAUAUGGAAUCCCAAGACUGGAGUAGAAGUCCAUCACGGUCUACAGAUCUGGAGUCAGUUAAGACAUCCAGUGAAAUGUAUUACUAUGAUGAUUAUAAGGACAGUUGGCACCUUCAAAGCCACAUUCCCCAGGAAGUACUAUCUAAAGGUUGUGCCAUGUGCACUAUGGAUAAUUAUCUGUUUAUCGCCGUGGGCUUCACGGGGCCCGACCGUGAAGCGACCCCUUCAAAGAAAGUCUACUGUUAUAAUCCAGUGACUUCGAUUUGGAGUGAAAUAAGCCCCAUGAAUGAGGCAAGGCCUCACUGCAAACUUGUGGCUCUGCAGGGCCAUCUUUACGCCAUUGGAGGAGAAUGUCGAUCAACAGUUGAGCGCUAUGACCCUAGGUCUAACAGAUGGUCUUUUGUCGCACCACUCCCAAACGAGACUUUCGCUGUAGCCCACCGUGCCACGGCUUGCAAUGGCGAACUGUUUGUAGCAGGGGGCACACUGAGGUACACCCUCUUACGCUACAAUCCCAAGACAAACACGUGGCGAGAGAGCAUGAUCAUGGGCAGUAAGGACAGAACCACGGAAAUGGUGGCGGUGAGAAACUUCCUGUACCACUUUGAUGUCAGUCCUCUUGGCAUCAGUGUGUAUCGCUACCAUGCAGUGGCUCGGUUGUGGUACGAAUGCUCAUCGUUACGCCUUCCACACUGCACUGCCUUUCAGUGCGUGGCCAUGGACAACAUAAUCUACUGCGUGAACCGACAGUUCACCUUGAGGUUUCUUGCAGAUGAGGUAUCUCCCAGCUUUGUCGCUCAGGAUUUGAAAGUACUCUCCCCGGCAAAGGGCAUUUUGUUUCCUUUUGUCCUUGUGCUGCCCGACAGGACUGCUCUACAAACCUGUGUUUAAGCAAGGACAGAUUUUUCAACACCAUCGAGUGGGGGAGAUAUCAAGGACGGAUGGAGUCUCAACAUGCUGGUAAAGAACUAACACGCCAUUACAAAAAAGUGACACAAACGAAGAAAGACCCAGUUGGAAUCUUCAGAGGGAGAGAGUGGGAUUCAGAUGCAAAAC